AAUCAUUCUCUUUACUGAUCACAGAGAAAUCGCAGAGAAAGAGUAAGAACGAGAAAAGAGGAGAGAGAGUGAAAGAAGCGAACUCGAGAAGAGUCGUUCCUUGUGAAGCAAGCAUUUUCGCUGGUUCUUUUUCCCGGAGAACAGAAACGAAGAUCCUUACUCUGAUUUCACAAAACCUUACACUGGUUUCACUCUCUUAUCUGCAAAAAGAUGAAUGAUCUGAUGACGAAAUCGUUCUUAAGUUAUGUCGAAUUGAAGAAACAAGCGAAGAACGAUAUGGAAUCGGAGUACGACGUUGAGAAAGGCGAAUUCAAUUUCAGCCCAGCGGAUGAAGAAAACCUCUCUGGUUUCUUCCAAGAGAUCGAAUCCAUCAGAACCCUAAUCGAAGAGAUCACUCAUCUCUUACUCGAUCUCCAGAACCUAAACGAAGAGACCAAAUCCACACACAGCACCAAGAUCCUUCGCGGGCUUAGAGACAGGAUGGAAUCGAACAUCGUCGCAAUCUCUCGAAAGGCCAACACAGUCAAAACCCUAAUCGAGUCUCUCGACAAGAGGAACGUCACGAAUCGGACGAGUUUCAAGGAAGGAUCUUGCGUGGACAGGACACGGGUCUCGUUAACCAACGGUGUUAGAGCGAAACUGAGAGAGACGAUGAGCGAGUUUCACCGAUUGAGGGAGAGAAUCUACGCUGGUUACAGAGAAGAUCUUAAAAGGAAGUACUUUUUAGCGACUGGUGAAGAACCGAGUAACGAAGACAUGGAGAAGAUGAUCUCUGGAGGGUCUGGAGAAUCUGGGUUUGUGAAGACGUUUGAAGUGAAACCAGAGAUGGAUUUGAAGACGAAAGAGAGACAUGAAGCGGUGAAUGACAUUAAGAGGAGUCUUAAUAGGCUUCAUCAAGUGUUUCUCGACAUGGCUGUUCUUGUUGAGACUCAAGGAGAUCGGAUUGAUGACAUUGAAGCUAAUGUGGCUAAUGCAGGGAGCUUUGUGAGUGGAGGGACCAACAGUUUGUUCUAUGCUAAUCAGAUGAAGAAGAAGAGGAACAAAUUGGUUGUUUGGGUUUCGGUUUUGGGUGUGAUCAUUCUUCUUGUGUGUUUGAUCUCCAUGAUUGCUUCUCGUUGA